AUGCACCGCGUGGGCGAAAUACUGGAAUUCACAAACGUUAGCCAAUGGAACUGGGUUCCAACCAACCUUAACCCUGCAGAUCUUGCUACUAAAACAAACAACGCCAAUAAAUAUAAAACUUGGCUACACGGUCCAGACUAUUUGCUGCAGGAUCAACACGAGUGGCCAAUAUGCGAUGAUUUGGGGCCACCAAACAAUGCUGAAGUCAGGCAUAACAUACUCUUCAUCGACAAUUCGCCGAUGGAGCUAAAACUUAACGCGGAAUAUUUUUCCGACUGGCGCAGGCUAUAUCGAGCUUUAGCGCGCUUUAUUCUCUACAUUGAGAAACUGAAAGCGAAACAAAAGAAGGCAUCGCCACCUACAGAGGUGUCUUACGAGAUGAUUCAGCAGGCACGCACACUCCUACUGCGGCAUGCGCAGUCAUCUGAAUUCAACCCAGAAAUUCGCAACUUAACGAGAGAUGAAAACCAGCUCCUACGUACCCGAGGGCGAGCAGAAAACCUAAACGGCCAAAACCAAAUACUGCUCCCAUAUGGGCACCACAUUACUCGGCUCAUAGUGAACUGGUAUCAUCAGGAAAUGCACCACACAUCCCAUGAGACGUGUAUUAACAGGAUUCGAGGCAUGUUUUACAUACCACGCCUACGAGUCUUAUACAAAGGCAUGCGGAAGUCUUGCCAACGCUGUAAAAAUGAGAGCGCCAUGCCUGUUCCACCGCAAAUGGCUCCCUUGCCCAUCGCCAGGCUGGCUGCCUACCAACGUCCCUUCACUUACGUCGGUAUCGACUACUUCGGGCCCUUCUUGGUUGCUGUAGGACGGCGAAGCGAAAAAAGAUGGGUCGUUAUUUUCACCUGCCUAACCAUACGGGCAGUGCAUAUAGAACUGGCGUGCUCUUUGGACACUGCAUCGUGCAUAAUGUGCAUCCGAAACUUCAUCAAUCGGCGCGGGACCCCGAGACAAAUUUACAGCGACAAUGGCACUAACUUCAAAGCUGCUGAAAAGAUUAUCUGUGACAAAGCGCAGACGAUCAACUUCAACGCCGUGCAACCGGCGUUCGAUGACAUCAAAUGGAAAUUUAAUCCACCAGCCGCUCCUCAUAUGGGGGAGCAUGGGAGCGACUUCAAAGACGACGAGGCUAUCACCCCUAACCAUCUACUACUAGGAUCAGCAAGCGGCUAUAAACCAGUCUUCGAAACCACACAUACCGUACAGCACAUGUGGCAAGCUGUACAAGAAUUCGCCGAUCAAUUCUGGCGACGAUGGGUACGCGAAUACGUUCCAGAUUUAGCCAGGCGAGGAAAAUGGUUUACCAAGAGACCACCAAUAGCAGCUGGAGAUGUCGUUGUAAUAUUGGACGAGAAUCUGCCCCGAAAUAGAUGGCCAAAAGGUAUAGUCGAGCAAACAAUCCUGGCCAAAGACAACCAGUUCACCGUUGAGGUAUGCUGUGACCACAUCCAUUUGAUGGAUCUCCAUGUCAUAUUCAGCUGA